AUGAUUAUUGAUGAUGGUAGUUGUACUAAUGUUGCAAGCACAAUUAUGGUGGAGAAUUUGGGAUUGCCCAUGGUAAAGCACCCUAGACCGUACAAGUUGCAAUGGCUAAAUGAUAGUAGUGAGAUCAGGGUGAACAAGCAAGUGUUAGUUGCAUUUCGAAUCGGUAAAUACGAAGAUGAAGUGUUGUGUGAUGUAGUACCGAUGCAAGCGGGACACUUAUUGCUAGGGCGUCCAUGGCAGUUCGAUAGGCAAGUAAAGCAUGAUGGCUUUACGAACAAGUACUCUUUUGUACUUAAUCAACGAUCAAUCACUCUUAUACCAUUGACAUUGCAGCAAGUAUACGAGGAUCAAGUAAGAUUACAAAAGAAGAGUGAUCAAAAGAAAGAGAGUGAGCAAAAGAAAAAGAGUGAAAAUCAGAAAGAGGCCAAGAAAAAUGAGGGAGAAAAAGAAAAUCAAAGUUCGGCCCUUGAGAGAAAAUCAGAGAGAAAACAAAAGAAUUUCUAUGCAAAAGUGAGUGAGAUCAAGCGAGCAAUGUUUUCAAAUAAGCCGAUGAUUGUACUUUUGUUCAAAGAGGCACUUUUAAACACUAACAAACUUGACCUUACUUUGCCUAGUUCUAUUAUUUCUCUUUUGCAGGAGUACGAGGAUGUCUUCCCCGAGGAAACACCAUAUGGGUUACCUUUAAUCUGA